AUGGCUUUAGAAGAACUAAGUCCGGCUCUGUCUCACGCCUUAUCAGCCUUGGUCUUGAUUGCAUUGCUGGCGGGGCUAGCCUUUCUACUUCAAUCUUUAUCACGGCCACUAUUCCGAGGCUAUGAGUCCCUGCGUGUAGAUAAGCCGAAGGAAACCGAACUGAAUCCCGUCUCCGAAGGUAGCGAGAACACUGUCCACAAGGAAUCAGACUUUCCACAAAACUGGUGGACUGGCUCGGAUGUCUUUGAAUUAGAAAGACGGGCAAUCUUCAGUAAAAGAUGGCUAUACCUUGCACACCGUAGUCGGUUCACCAAACCCGGCGACUACCAUUCAUUUGAAGUAGCUGGUAUCCCGAUCUUCUUGGUGCUAGGGAAAGAUGGCAUCGUGCGAGCGUUCCAUAACGUCUGCCGUCAUAGAGCAUACACGGUCACGAGGAAGGAGUGCGGCUCCUCUAUGAUCCUCGGAUGUCGGUAUCAUGGCUGGAGCUAUAACACCAAGGGACAGCUCAUUAAGGCGCCUCACUUUGACAAUGUUCCGGGCUUUGACAAAUCUCAGAAUAGUUUAUUUUCGAUCCAUACCACUACAGACCCUGCUGGCUUUAUAUUCGUAAAUUUGGACGCAUCUCCGACGCUGUUGCCAAUACAAACAACGUCUCUCGAUUUCUUUGCAACCAGAUGCGGCAUCGGACAACAGUCUACAUGGCUGGGAGGUCAAACAGUGGAAGGCCAGUUCAACUGGAAGAUUGGCUUGAGGUUACAGAAAUUCAUCGACCACACAGAACUGGAGACUGAGUUCCCACAGCCAAAGUAUAAAGCGCUAUUAUUGAGCUUGUUCAACCAACCACGAAUGCGCUCGGGCGAAACACAAGUCUUCCCCUUUACUACGUUUCAUACCGUCCACGGAGGGGUACUCUGGUACUCCUUGAGCUUCAUUCCCAUAUCUGAGAGUAGCACCUCGGUUCGGGUUGACUUAUACUCCCAUAAAGACAUGAGCAGUCCGGCGCCUUCAGCAGCAGCAGAAAGUCUCUUCAGCAGAUUGACUAAGCAAAUUCGAGAUUUGGAAGCCCAGUUUCAGUCACAUUCUGGGACUUCAACGCUCCCCACCUAUGUCACCUCAGCAUCAGACCCAGCUGGUACAGAUGCGCAAAGCGAAAUCCUCGAGGCCGUAAAGUCUCACGCCAAAUUAGAAAAACAACUAGGAACCGAAGUCUUCCCCGCUACGAGAAGGCCAAGAACCAAUGCACGAUUCGAGCAGGCCGAACAAAUCUGCAAAGACCUAGAUUGCCAAGACACGUGGAACAACAAGAGUCUCGCCUGGUGA